AUGGAAUCUGGCUCUGCUAAUGGACAAAGGAAUCAAUCGAACCAAAUCAUUAUGCAAGAUCAGGCGACAAAUAAUCCGGUGAAUCAAACCAAUGCUCAGCGUGAAAAUAAUACCUUCCUUGCAAAGAAAACGAUAAUAUUCGAAACCGAAAUAGUCUUCGAAAGAUCCUCUCAAGGAAUACCCGCUCGCAGGAUAGAUUUCAAGCAUUAUUGCGAGAAAUACUACAUCUGUCAAGGGGAACCUUAUGAUAUUGGUUUAUGGGUAGAUAGCAAACUUAACAAUGCAGAGUAUCAGGAAGGAACUGCCAUUCUUACUUUGCGAGCGUCUAAGGGCGGGCAGGCAUAUCAUGCUUAUUUCUCCUUUGAAAAUCGCUAA